GGCCGGCCCCUUCCAGCCCAGACGCACGCUUUCCCACAGAGAAGCUCUUUCCUCAGCCAGCCAGCCAGCCAGCCAGCCAGCGUCCCCUUCCCUCCCCUCCCCUCGUCGCCUCGCGCUCCCCCUGGCGGCCGAGCGAGCCUCCCUUUCCUUCCCACAAUGCCCGUUUAGGUUCCUCUGCUGCGGCUGCCUCAGCUCCAAGAUGGCGCAGGCGAUAUUCGAGGCGCUGGAAGGAAUGGAUAAUCAGACUGUGCUGGCUGUUCAGUCCUUGCUAGAUGGCCAAGGAACAGUAACAGAUCCAUCAGGACAAACGGUCAACACAUCUACCACCAUCCAGUCCAUGGAUGAUGAAGAUGUUUUUCUUUGCGGGAAAUGUAAGAAGCAAUUCAACUCAUUGCCGGCAUUCAUGACCCACAAACGGGAGCAAUGUCAAGGCAAUACUCCCUCAUUGGCUACAGUUUCACUGGCCGCUAACAGCGUAUACACACCAUCAAUUACAUCAGUUCAGCAGGCACAGACCACCAAUCGUCAGAUCUCUACAUAUAUUACCGUCCCACCCUCCCCUCUGAUCCAGACAUUAGUACAGGGGAAUAUCUUAGUGAGUGAUGAGGUCUUGAUGUCAGCUAUGUCUGCUUUUACAACCCUGGACCAACCAAUGUCUGCAGUACAACCCUCUGUACAGAGCAGCCUGAAUAUGCAUAAUGGAACGGGGUACCUCUCUCAACCAGCACCUCCUCCUCCACCACCACCACCCCAGCCUCCUCCUCCUCCCCCUCAAUCUCUUGGCGCUCCAGGUCACGCCAGCACAGGCAGCAGUGGUGUGGUGGAAGUGUAUAGUGCAUCUACGCCCAUGGCUGGGAAUAAUACAGUAGAGAUACAGAAUCUGGGGAUGCAGCCCUACCCACCUAUGGAGGUGCCCAGUCAUUGCGUGGAAAGCCCUGUGUACCCCUCCCCUCCAGUAUACAGUCCAGGCAAGCAAGGUUUUAAGUCUAAAAGCCCCAACACUGCUGCUCCCUUGAACAAUGCCUGUGGAGGAAACAUGACCAAUUUUGAUCCAGCUUCAUCUUCCAAGAACCGUCGUCUUAAAACAGACAGCAGCCUACUAGAAGGGAAACCCAAGUCACCAAAACUGAAAUGCACAUACUGUGACAAGGCUUUCACCAAGAACUUUGACCUGCAGCAGCAUAUCAGGAGUCACACAGGGGAGAAGCCAUUCCAGUGCAUUGUAUGUGGUCGUGCCUUUGCGCAAAAGUCCAACGUGAAGAAGCACAUGCAGACGCAUAAGGUGUGGCCACCAGGAAUUGGGUGUACCAUCUCACGGAGCUCUGUCACUGUGCAAGUUAUGGCACUCAACCCCAACCAGCAGGAGGAUGAGGAAAAUGCAGGCUUAAACACAGCUCCUAGAAGCAGCCCCCCACAGCCACAGGCCAUGCCUCCUGCAGAAGACCAUGAGGCUGGCAAACUGGAAGCCAAGCAAGUGGUCCUGAUAGACAGCUCUUAUCAAUGCCAGUUCUGCCCCAACAAAUUCAGUACAUAUUUCCAGCUGAAAUCACACAUGACCCAACACAAACACGAGCAGGUUUACAAGUGUGUUGUGAAAACUUGUGCACAAACAUUCCAUAAACUGGAUUCCUUCUUAGAGCACAUCAAGAAUCAUCAGGAGGAGCUGAGUUACCGUUGCCACCUUUGCAGCAAGGACUUUCCCUCCCUUUAUGAACUGGGUGUCCAUCAGUAUUCCCACAACUUGCUCCCUCAACACAGUCCCAAGAAGAAUAUGACCGUUUACAAAUGUGUCAAGUGUGUAAAUAAAUAUUCCACACUAGAAGCCCUGGAGCAUCACUUACAGACAGCAACUCACAACUUUCCCUGCCCUCACUGUCAGAAGGUGUUCCCCUGUGAGAGGUAUUUGCGACGGCAUCUGCCUACGCAUGGGGGUGGAGGCAAAUUCAAGUGCCAGAUCUGCAAAAAAUUCUUCUGCCGAGAACACUACCUCAAACUACAUGCUCAUAUUCACUCGGGUGAAAAGCCUUUUAAAUGCUCGGUAUGUGAUUCAGCCUUCAACAGGAAAGAUAAACUCAAACGGCACAUGCUAAUCCAUGAACCUUUUAAGAAAUAUAAAUGCCCCUUCUCAAAUCAUACAGGCUGCAAUAAAGAGUUCAACAGACCGGACAAAUUGAAAGCCCAUAUUCUCUCCCAUUCAGGGAUGAAGAUCCACAAGUGCCAAUACUGUAGCAAGGCCUUCAGCCGGCGUGCUCACAUGAUGGAACAUCAGCGCUCUCACACUGGCAACUAUAAAUAUCGGUGCCCUACGUGCAGCAAAGGCUUUACACGCCAGAAGUACAUGAAGGACCACAAAUGUAGGCUGAGUUCAUCCAAGGACAAAGAGCUACCAGUCAGAAAAUCUCAGAAGAAGUGGGGGACUCGUGGGCGGAAAGUGGGACUUCCUAUUUCAGCUCAAUUGGCCUUGACAGAACUGAAAGAUAGCACAGAUGGAGAAAACCCUCAAAAAGGUGACCCCAAUAAAGAACAGUUUCCAGAGUCUGACACAGUCCUGUCCAUUGUGGUUGGCAGAUCAGCGGCACUGCCGGCAACAGACUCCAAUCUUGGCAACCCUAACCAACGCAGUGGCAUCCCAUCCAACCUUGCACUGGCUGAGUUGCAGCCUGGCUCAGAGAGUCCAUGUGCCAUGCUGGCAGACCCUGUUUACAUUCAGGCUACUGACUAACUGGAUAAUACUGUUACUAGUGUCCACUUAAUAGGGGGAAAGUUCCUCUGUUCUUUGGUGCAGAGGAUUGGAAAGGGUGUUUGUGUGUAAAUGUUUGAGCUGCAAUGAUGCAGUGAUCAGCAUUCAUAACGAAUUUUGUUGAUAAGAGUGAAGUAACUGCUCGCAUCCAGAUGAAUUAAUCUUCAGGAGCUGUUAAUAUCAGCAGGCACUGAAAGAUAUAGUUGUAUGCUCUUCAUUGAAAUAUGCUAAGUGGUUCACAAGGUUUAUGGUGAGCCCUGAAUCUAUUGAGAAACACAAUCUGGAUCAUGCAGGACUUGAAGUAUUUUUUAAAUUAUUGUAGUGCAUCCCAUUUGUGAUACUUUUCUGAAAUUUGCCUUGUCUUACAUCUGGGCAAUUGGUCUUUUCAGCUGUAAGCAAACAAUAAUUCCUAUUGGAAGUGAAUUCAUUAUGUUAUCCUUUGGGAACUUCAUUCAUAAAUGUGCUCAUAAGACACAUCCUAUGACUCUCUUAUGUGUAUAGAAAAGGGAAUUAUUGAGCACAAAUACCAUGGUCCAGUUUACACUUCAGCAUUCCCCUCCUUGUACGUUCAGAGCAAAUGGAGAGCAGCAGCAGCCUUAUAUAAAAGGUAAAAUGUCUGAGUACAUGCUUUAGAUUAGAAUGAAAGUGUACUAGAAGUGCAUAGUCAAGGGGUGACUGGAUUGUGAAGAAAAGCAGAGAAACAUACCAAAAGCAGAGGAUGAAUGCUAAAUUAUGUGUAAUCAACAAUGCCUAAGGAAGAACUGGGGAAGAAGGGAUGCGGGGGGGGGAAGCAAAACUAAAAAUUAACAAUACUCUCACUACAAAUUCUAUCCUUGAUUGUGUAUUUUUAAAACACCACAUUUUACAGUUGUUAUGGGAGUUCUAUAAGACAUCACAAAAAAGGUCAAUUAACAAUCCACUUGACAGAACAUGGAGCUGGUGUGGAUUGAUUUGCAGCUGCCUGAAACCACUUAUUUGAUAAAGAGGGAGCUGCCAUUUCACUGGCACUGGGCAGUAGCCUCCUAGAAACUUCUGGAGCAAUUCUCCAAAGCCGAAUAAGUGACUGCUAUGGGUUUAUUAAGGACCAAAAGCUUAAAGGAGGUGAAAAUUUCACUAACAAAUGUGGAUGUUAUUAAUAUAAUCCAUGUGAUUUAUUAUGACUCUCUAUGGAUCACCUGUAAAAUUGGUGUUACAUUCUAAAGUUGUCAGGAUACCCAAAUUCAGCUGUUCCUGCAUGACCAUAAGCUUCAGGAAAACAGACAUAUUCCAUAAAGCAUUAUGCCUGAGCCACCUGCCAUUUCAAGUACAACCUUAUUUCUGCUAUUAUUUUUUAUUACUUUUUCAGUACUGUCCAUUCUUCAAAGACAACCCUGUGAAGUAGGCUAGGCAAGAGAAACUCUCUUGCCCAAGGCCACUUAAUGAAUUUCAUUCCACAUACAAAUGCAACAUUCAACAUGCAUCAUAUUGACUCUGAUGUUCAAGUCUCAAAACAUAUAGCAGGUAGCCUCCUUUGAACCAAAGAAUAAUUUUUCAUUUUGAUAAGUUUGAUAGUCCCUAAAGUUGUUAACUGUCCUUUACACAGAGAAGAUGAGACACCCUCUUUACUAGACAACUCCAUUGAUAGCCAGAUUUUCAUAUAUUCCAUUUCUAUUUGAACAAUGACAGCAUACUGCUGAUACAGUAUAGAGAAGUAACAUAAGAUGCCUGCAAGGGACAGAAUGCUCUGAGAGACUCCAUGAAAGAGAGUCUUCCUUGCAUAUUAAAACUUUUGUGUGUGGAAUUAAAUGUGUGAGAUAAGCUGCAGCAAUGUAGACAUUUCCCAUCAGUGUUUGAUAGAUUUUCCCUGGGAGGGUGGGGCAGAGGAGAAACUAAGGUAGCAUUCUAAGCAUAUGUAACAAACACAAGCACUGUUGUUGCAAUCAGUGCCACUAUCAAGAAUGCAAAUAUAUGACUCUUACAUUUUACACUUAAGGUACUGAAAAUGCAAGGAAGGAAGCCCACAGCUUAAGCCGAACACAUUUUUAACUGAGUUCUUGGGGCACUCUUGAACAACCAAUUUCAAUUCUGGUCUCUUUGCACUGUUGCAAAAUAAUUCUGAAAAAAAGUUAAUGUAGCCAAGUCCAGACUUAAAUA